GAGGACAAAGAGACGGAUAUGAUUCAUCUUGACUUAGCUGGGUAUCUAACCUCUCUGUAAAAGGUUUGUCCUUCUUCCGAAUCCAUUCAUGGCUGAACCAAUAAUACCCUCAGUACACAAGGCUUGGAUCUAUCAAGAGUAUGGAAAAUCAUCAGACGUGUUGAAGUUGGAUGAAAAUUUCCCAGUUCCACAAGUGAAGGAAGAUGAGGUGCUGAUCAAGGUUGUCGCAGCUUCAGUUAACCCAGUUGAUUUCAAGAGGAUGCUUGGUUCCUUCAAAGAUAAAGACACUCCUUUCCCUGUUGUUCCAGGACACGAUGUUGCUGGGGUAGUGGUAAAGGUAGGAAGCAAAGUGAACAAAUUCAAGGUUGGUGAUGAAGUCUAUGGAGAUAUCGCUGAGAAAGCUUUGGACGAACCCAAGCAGUUCGGAACUUUGGCUGAAUACACGGCGGUUCAAGAGAAAGUAUUGGCUUUGAAACCCAACAAUCUGAGUUUUGUAGAAGCUGCUAGCAUUCCUCUUGCUAUCGAGACAGCUUAUGAAGGCUUUGAACGAGCUCAACUCUCUGCUGGUAAAUCUGUUCUCAUUCUUGGAGGUGCCGGCGGAGUUGGAACCUUGGCUAUUCAGCUGGCUAAGCAUGUUUUUGGAGCAUCCAGAGUGGCAGCAACAGCAAGCACCACCAAACUAGACUUGUUGAGGAGCUUAGGUGCUGAUUUGGCCAUUGAUUACACUAAAGAGAAAUAUGAGGAGCUUCCUGAGAAAUUUGAUGUCGUAUUCGAUGCGGUUGGGGAAGGUGAGCGACCUGUGAAGGCAGCGAAAGAAGGUGGGAAAAUAGUUUCGAUAUGGUUUCCUAUAGCUCCACCCACUGAAUUAUUUAUUGUGACUUCAACCGGAACUUUUUUGGAAAAGCUGAAGCCUUACUUGGCAAGUGGAAAGGUGAAGCCAGUGCUUGAUCCCAAAACUCCUUUUCCAUUUUCAAAGACUGUGGAGGCACUUUCCUAUCUUGAAACUUCCAGAGCUAUUGGAAAGAUAGUUGUGUACCCUAUCCCAUGAUCAUGACUAGGAAAAAUGUCAAAAACCCUUGUACCUUUAAGGUUUCCCUCGGAAUGGUUAGAUCUUAUUUCGAAUUUGAAGGAAUAUGAUUAAAUUAUAACUUCUGCUAAAUUUCCUGUAGUUAAAUUUCUUAAUAUGCACUUCUUUUAAGUUCAAAGUUUUAAUAAAAUGGUAAUUUAACA